GAAAGCUGGCUGAGAGAAGCUUUUCCUGGUUUUUGGUGUGCUGAGAAGAUAAGAAUGUAUUACAAAAGCCAACAGCAAAAAGUCAGCAACCAAAAAGCUAGCUUCCAGCCAAAAGCCCAAAAGCAGAAGCUCGAACAAACAUGACCUUAGCUAUGUUUUCUCAGUGUACAAUUCCAAAGGAGUUGAACACACAUGGCAAAAUUCAUAUGAGCAUUCCUCAGAUUGUUUCACAUAUUUCUAUUAUGUGGGAGCAUCACGGCCCAACCUCGGUGGACCAGCAAAGAUUGUGCCUUCGCACUGUUGUUUUCCCUUAAUUCCUUGACAUGUCAUGUUGUUCUUGCUCUUCAUCCUUCCAUGUACGUAGUUGAUAGUCCAAAUCAAACAGGUAAAAGUUUGGGAGCUUGCAGCAUGUCUAUUGUUGUGUGAUGGAGAGAGCUCCUGCAUGAAAGCAUAGGGCCGAAGGUGACUGGGAAGCUCCCUUGCAGCUUUGCAAGUCUACGGUUCGUCAAAAGUUCCGGACAACUCCAGAAUGAAGGCAGCGGGACACUCAGAUACAGACACAUGCUUUUGAUCUUUCCCAAUUUGUUGGGAAAUGGGCAGUCAAAACUAACCUGCACCAGAAACAUUCUGAUCAACUGUUUUCUUAUCGUCAGAGAAGUCUGGAGAUCAACAGAAAACUGGCCAAAGAACGAAGGCACCUCGAAAUCAAGCCUGGCCAUCUGAGAUCUUUGACUGCACCAUCAACAUUUUUAACUAGCCGCGUAAUUGAAUCGACUUCCUUGCAGUUUCUCCGAUUAUCUGCUAUAAAUUGGCGGCCGCCGCCGGCGAUCAGUCUCCCAACCGCGUCCCCGGAGAAAUGGCGACGGAGGCUGAGACUGCGCCGGCGAGGCCUGCGGACCCCACCAGGCUUGUCUACUUCGAUGACAUGUGGACCCUCCGCUCCGCCGCCACCGUUCUCGCCGUCCACCAGGAGGAGGGCGGCCGGGUAGCGGUGGUGCUGGACGCCACGGUCUUCCACCCGCAGGGCGGCGGCCAGCCGGCGGACACGGGCGCCAUCUCCGCCGCCGGCGCCAGGUUCCUCGUCGAGGAUGUGCGGGCCAAGGACGGAGUGGUUUUCCACUAUGGAAGAUUUGAGAGUGCUGGAGAAGGAUGCGGGCUUGGAUUUAAAGAGGGGGAAAGCGUUAGCUUGGAAGUUGACGCCGAAAGGCGCAGCUUGAACUCAAGGCUUCACUCUGCUGGGCAUUUGUUGGACAUCUGUGUGAGCAAUGUAGGCCUCUCUCAUCUGCAGCCUGGGAAAGGCUACCAUUUUCCUGAUGGACCGUUCGUUGAGUAUAAAGGAGUAAUUCCGCAAGAUCAAAUACAGGAUAAGAAAAAUGAACUGGAAAGAGAAGCCAAAAAGCUAAUUUCGGAAGGAGCCAAGGUCUUAGCCUCUGUUUUUCCUUAUGAGGAGGCAGCGAAAUUAUGUGGAGGUUCUCUGCCUAACUACAUUUCAAAGGAUAGCAAUCCUCGCAUUAUUAAAUUCGGCGAAUAUCCUGGUGGUCCUUGUGGUGGUACUCAUGUUGCAGACAUUUCAAUCAUCAACAGCCUAAAGGUAACGAACAUAAGAGUCAAGAAAGGCCUCACUAAAGUCUCAUACAGCAUCAGCCCAUGAUCUUUUAUUGCUGCAUGGGCACAAGAAACUUAUCCAAGAAAUGAAGGGAUUAUUCAGGAAUCAGAAAGCUGAAUUUGCUUUCAUGGCGUCACACUUUAUGUACCUCAGCAGAGGAUCCUGUAUGACAGUAUGACUGUACGAGUCGGAGCAGCAGACAUGCUCGUCUGCUCUUUCUCUGCUGUACCUGUAACCUGCACGUGUACGACAUACAUAUGAAAUUACAACAAAUUUAUCGCAUUUACAUAUUCCACCA